AUGUCACACAACGUCAUGGCUAUUGCUACUCCGGUAAUGGUGAUGAUGAUGAUGGCCAUGAUGACGGCGGAGCUGCGGGGAGCCUACUACAAGCGUGCGAAGCUGCUCCAUCCGGACAUCGCGGGCGAGGCCUCGCAGGCGGACUUCCGCCGCCUCCGGGAGGACUAUGACGAAGCUACGACGCUGCUGCAGUCUGCCCGUGCAGACAGCAGCCAUGGAGGUGGCGACAGCGAGUCGUCCUGGGACGCGGGAGGCCAGCGCUGGACAGCCGGCGCGUUCGGUGGCAACUUCGCUGGCCGUGAGGGGUUCCGGGAGAGUGAGGUGAAUUUCGAUCCCCGGGCCUUUCGGGAGAGGCAGCGGUCCCACGCAAGGCAGGAGUCGUCGGGCUACAGCUACCAGGCGGCUGGCUUUGGCUCUGCCGCUCCCGGCAGGGAUCGGGCCUUCAACCCGGCGCAGAUCUUCAAGGGAACCCUGCUGAUGUCCGGGGCCUUCUUUGCAGGGAACGCCCUUGUCCGGUGCUGGCAGCGGGAAGCAGCGGACUUCCAAAAGGUCUACACCUGA